AUGGAAAAGACCUUUAUCAUGAUCAAGCUUGAUGACGUCCAUCGCAACCUGAUGAUAAUUGAGAUCAUCGGAUGCUUCGAAUGCAGUGGUUUCUACCUGAAAGGUAUUGAAGUUUCAAACGUGGAGUGAUCCAUCGCGGAGAAGCACUGCUAGGAUUUGGCGAGAAAGCGCUACUUCCCUGCACUUGUGGGGGACAUCACAUCUGGCCCUGUGGUGGCCAUGGUUUGGGAGGGCGACAAUGUUAUUGUGAAAUGCCGCAAGAUUACUGGGGCUUUUGAUCCUUCUAAAUGGGAACCUGGUACUGUUCGGGCCGAUUAUGCAAUUGAAAUUGGGAUGAAUGUAAUACAUGGAAGUGAUUCAAUUGAGAGUGCGAGGAAGGAGAUCGCUCUGUGGUUUCCAGAAGGCCUAUCCGGAUCCGAAAGCAAUCUUUACUAG